AUGACGAAUAGUGCCUUGGAAGAUAUGAUGGAUGAGAACAUGACUGAAGACAUGAGUGUAGAUGAAGCCCAAAGUACUGGUAUAACCAAAACAAAAGAAAGAAUAGUGGAAGAUAAAAACGAAUAUAUUGUUGAAAAAGAAAGUGAAAAAAUCAUUGAAGACAAGAUUCAGAUUGCUACAAAUACAAAUAAUGUACAGGAACUAAUAGAGCCGGAAAAUAAUUGCUUAGUUACCUCAAAUAAUAAUCAAACUACUCCGUCCCUUGAAAUAUCAGCUACAUCAAGUGAUCCCGACUACACUCCCCCGAAACUAGUAGACUAUUCAAAUUCGGACAGCGAUGAGAUGCCUACAAAAAGCAAUAAGCGAAAAAAAAGGUUUCAAGUUCAAAAAGCUGCUUGGUAUGGAGAAAAAAAUAAAAUUCGGCGUGAAAGGGGAAAACGGUAUUUUGGACGAGCCAAAAUUAAUGGUAACUGGAACUACGAUAUUGAACGUCAACCGAAAGAGAUAAAAGAGAGAUGUGCAUGCAAAACUAAACAAAAUGGUGUGCUAAAAUGUCAAUUAGUUUCGAAUGAAAAACGUAAAUAUAUAUUUGAAUACUUUUGGACCUUAAAGUGGGGCGAAAAAAAAAUGUAUGUGGACAACACCGUGAAAUCUUGUCCUCUGGCCAGGCCAAGGGAUAGAAAAGACGCACAGACAUCAAGAAGGAGUCAAACAUUCAUUUACUAUCUAAAAAUAAAGGAAGAAGAAAUUAGAGUUUGCAGAAAAAUGUACCUGAAUACUUUGGGCUUGGGACGCAUGAGUGUUCAAAAAUGGAAGCAAAAACUUGGCAGUUUUGACAACUCUGUUGAGGAUUUCAAUUCGAAAGGAAACAACAGGCCUACUACCUAUAGGAAACAACAAAAUGAAAAAAGAAUCCGUUUAUAG